CGGGGGCAUUUGCCAGUCACACUGACAAACACUGAAGCAAAAAGUGUGAGCAAAUAUUGAAUUCCAAAAUUCGUUCAAGAAAAAUAGGGCCAUAAGACGCAAUGGAAGCUCUGAACGGAAGGAAUAUGGCCCUGCUGGUGCUCUGUCUGUGUGCUGUAUAUGCCCUGGUGGUCGCCGAAGGAGAGAAGGAGAUACCGGCCACGAAAUUUGGACAGAACAUAGCGCCGACAAUGACUUUUCUUUACUGCUACUCCUGCGGCUAUCGCAAGGCCUUCGAGGACUAUGUGGGCUUGCUGGGCGAGAAGUAUCCUCAGAUCCAAGUCCACGGCGGCAAUUACGAUCCGCCGGGUCUGAACUAUUAUCUCUCGAAAUUGAUAUUUGCUUUAAAGAUCGUCAUUAUUGUGUCAGUGGUCAGUGCGGUCAGUCCGUUUACAUUCCUCGGACUGAAUACGCCCAGUUGGUGGAGUCACUUGCAGGCAAACAAAAUAUACGCCUGCAUGAUGAUAUUCUUUCUGGGCAACAUGCUUGAGGGGCAGUUUAUCUCAUCCGGUGCCUUUGAAAUAACCCUUAACGAUGUGCCCGUUUGGUCGAAACUACAGACGGGACGCUUUCCUUCGCCGGAAGUCCUUUUCCAGAUCAUCGACAAUCAUCUGCAGUUUACUGAAAAAGUGCAGGAGAACCCGGAUUUUGUUAAAUAAUAGCAGCAGGCGGAUCGGAAGGCAAGGCGGGAACAGCAGUCGGAAAACACCAAAACAGCCGCGGAAGAGGAUUCCCGGCGCUGAACCUAUCUUAAACUUAAGCUUCUGUUCU